CGAAGCAGAUCUACCAUUUCUACAUUGUUGCAGAACACUUCCGAGCAUCACACUCUUUUGCCUGCCUGAUCGAGUCGCCACCUCGGUCUCCACCUUGCCGCUGCAAUCCAGUGCGUUUGCAGACAGAUUCACCGCACUCGCUUGAGCACGCCCGCCUACAUGGCGACCUAUGGAUCGUCCUCGUGAAAGCCCCGACCACCAGCGCAACAGCAGAGUCACACGCUCGUCUGCGAGGCCUUCAGCAGGCUCCUCCAACGACAAUCCGCCAAACCCUCCCGCCGCUCCUCCACCCCACUCGGCGACUGCCGCCUCUCGCAAACGGAAGAAGACCGCUGUUGAAUCAAACCCAGCGCGACCCAACGAGGCAGCAGACACACCGCCGACGCGUAGUGGUCGUGCUAAGCGCGCCAAGGUUGAGCCGGAGAACUCUUCUGCUGCAGCACCAUCACGCUCUAAGAAGGCGAAAGGCAAAGCAGCCAUGUCGUCAUCUGGACCCUCAACAGAUCCAGUAGCAGAGAAGUCCUCGCGGCGAGGGAAAGGCGGCCGCAAGAGCACAGUUUCAGGUACUCCUUCUACAUCAAGACACAAUUCACGAAAGUCUACAAAGAUGGAGGAAGACACAGCCAUGGAAGACGACCCCGAGAACAAGUCCGAAGACGAACCGCAUACACCCGGCGACGAGCGCACGAGCGACGACGAUAAUGAUGUCGGCGCAGGUACUCGCUACGACGAGGACGAUGACGAAGACGAGGACGAUGAUCCCUUUACCAGCGGCUUCCUUGGGCGCAAUCCACACGCCAGCCUCUCGGCGCUUAGACAGCUUACCGGGAUGAUGUCUGGUACAGCCCAGCGGCUACGGGGAAUAUUGGAACAGCUCAAGUCACCAGAUGUGUCUUUGCAGCUUAUUGCUCUGCAAGACCUGUCCGAGUUGCUUCUGAUGGCUACCGAAGACAUGCUAGCUGGUCACUUCUCACCAGACGCAUAUGUCAAGGAGCUGGUUAAGCUGAUGCAGCCAAACGACUUCACCGGCGAGGAGAAUCCAGAGGUCAUGCUGAUCGCCUGUAGAUGUUUGGCCAACUUGAUGGAAGCUCUGCCCGCCGCAACAGCAAACGUUGUAUAUGGCGGCGCUGUGCCGGUGCUCUGCUCAAAGCUGCUCGAGAUUGACUUUAUUGAUCUUGCAGAGCAGAGCUUGAGCACGCUGGAAAAGAUCUCGGUCGAGUUUCCAACACAGAUUGUACGGGAAGGUGGGUUGACGGCGUGUCUGACGUUCCUGGACUUCUUUGCGACUAGCACACAACGGACAGCAGUCACGACGGCUGCAAACUGCUGUCGCAACAUCCCCGACGACUCCUUCGCAACCGUGCGAGAUGUCAUGCCGAUUCUGGAGAACAUCCUGAACAACAGCGAUCAGAAGGUUGUUGAGCAGGGGUGUAUCUGUGUUUCGCGGAUCGUGCAGAGCUUUAGACACCAGGAGGAUAAGCUGGAAGAGCUGGUCAGCCCAGGAUUGCUGAAGGCGAUGCUGGCGCUCCUGCUCCCUGGAACAACAAACCUCAUCGGACCACACAUUCAUACCAUGUUCCUGCAGGUCAUUGCCUAUACAGCCAAAGCAAGCCCAAGGUUGUCAGCUGAGCUGCUCAAGAUGAACGUGGUCGAUACCUUGUACCAGAUUCUUACAGGCGUGUCUCCACCCAGCGGCACAGAGGACGUUGCGACCAAGAUUGACUCAGUUGUCAUCAUGCAGGCGCUGAUCCACCGGCCAAAGGACCAAGUGUUCGAAACCCUCAAUGUCAUCUGUGAGCUUUUGCCCGACGUUACGAACGAUGGGCUCUCGUACCUGGAAGACCUGUUCGAUGCGGGCUACCCUGGACGUGAACACCCACCGUUGUCAUCCGAGGGCAAGAAGACCAGCAACGAGAAGCGUGUGGAGCUUUUCGAGGAAUGCAAGACCGAGGUUAAGCGCUUCGCAGUCAUCCUGCUUCCCACCCUCACAGAUGCAUAUUCGAGCACUGUCAACCUGAAUGUGCGACAGAAGGUACUCACUGCGCAACUGAAGAUGCUCUCCAAUCUAGACACCGACAUCCUUGAAGAAGCAUUGCGUGCUGUGCCUUACGCGUCAUUCCUGGCAUCAAUUUUCUCGCAGCAAGAUCAUCCUACUCUAGUGACCUACGCUCUUCAAGCAGCCGAGUUGUUGCUGAAGCGCCUGGAGCCCAUCUAUCGGUACCAGUUCUACCGUGAGGGCGUCAUCGCAGAAAUUUCCGUUCUGGCGAACCGACCCACCAAAGCGCUGGAAGUCCGCACGAAGGAGUCAAAGCCAGAAGUCGAUAUUGAAGUCAUUCAAGACUCUGAUGCGAAUGCCGCUCCUGUAGUAGAUCAAAUUGUCGAGUCAGAGGCUGCGGAACCUAUGGACCUCGAGCCACAGUCUGAAAAUAACGAUGACGAGGAUGAAGAUGAGGACGACGACCGCAACGAGAAUGGAGAAGAUCAGGAUGACGAUGAUGAUGACUCGGAUUCAUCAUCUUCAUCUGACCAUAAUCAUCUACCGCUCCCCAAUAUCGACGACAUCAUCACUCUACGUGCUAAGAAGUUCAUCGAAGUUCAUGAGAAGGACAACGACAAGCUAGUACGAGACAAGGCAUCUGCAGUGCUGGAUGACCUGAAGUCGCUCGCGAAGGACCUCAAGGAGUGCUCAUUGCAAAGCAACAUGGCCAACUGUUCGCAGUUGUUCAUUCGCCUGGCGAAGUACUUCGAAGGCAAUGCUCUCGAGAGCAUCACCAGCUACGAGUUGAAGUCAUCCAAGAUCGUGGAUGUACUACUAGAGGUAUUUUCGACCGACGUUCCAACCAGCAGCAUCGACCCACGGUCCUUGUUUGUCGAGGCGUUCAUGGGCACCAGCAACAAGAUCAAGAUCAAGACCGCUAGCAGUGCGUCUCCUGCAACGCCGUUCAGCGUCCUGGUGAACAAGCUUCAGGAUCUUCUGAGUAGAUCAGAGCACUUCGAGGUAAUCACUGUUCACCAAAACUCCUACGAUGGUCGUGGUAGCGCCGCGAACAUGUUGGCGAAGCAACUUCGACUGAAGCUUGUCGCGGAGGACGAUUCCGGUAUCCCAAAGUCAUACCGCAAUAUCAUGGUUUCCAUCCACGCUAUCGCCACGUUCAAGGCGCUGGAUGACUACCUUCGACCACGUAUGCACGUGGCUGCAGAGCGACCGCAAGGAAGCAGGACACGGGAUCAAUUUGCUGCCUACGCUCAAGCGCUGGCUGAGGGACGUGCGCCCCCCCCUCCAGAGACACCCAGCGAAUCUAUGAGCCGAUCCUCGAAGAAGCCUUCCAAGUCAAAGUCACGGACCAGCGAAGAUCACGAGGCUGGACCAAGCUCAUCACGAGACAAAACGCGUCGCUCGAGCCGUCGUCAACAGACACAGCCCCCACCUCCCCCACCUCCCCCUCCAGCUCCAAAGGCUUGCUCGAGCAGUAGUCAGGAUCCGCUCGAGUGCGCUGACGAAGAGCGCCUGUCCGACCCGGAGUCAAUGGACGAGAACGCUGCCUUGAACGCUAUCGUUGAUGAGCUCGAGGAGGAGCUCGAGAACGAGCUCGAGGAUGCGCUUGACAAUGACGAGUCCGACCCAUCCGCCGUCAGCGUUGAGGUGGCGUCUACUGGCAAGGCCACGGCUCGCCAGGAAGAUGGUACCCGCAUCGCUACGCCAAUUCCAGGCACACCAUCAGCGAAGCCUUCAGAGCGCCUUAGCACACCAGCCUCGCGCUUGACUGCGUUGUUGCAAGAUUCUGCUUUGCGCCAAAGUCUUUCUUAUGCUGCCGCAGUUCAGUCAACGCCUCAGGAUUGGCACAUCGAAUUCAGUGUCAACGACCAGCCCAUCUCAGCAGACACCACCAUCUACCGCGUUGUGCACUUCAAUCAAGCACAAGCUUCAGACGUUUCCCAGCGAACAGUGUGGAACGCCGUUCAUACCAUCAAGUUCAAGCGCGUAGCCGGUCCGCCACCAGGCGAGGCGUCUGCCCAGACUCCUCCGCCAGAGACAAAGUCUGGAGGGCAAGCUAUGCCUGCAUCGUUGGACAACCAUCCCAUAACCUCGGGCAUCCUUCGAUUGCUCAAUCUCUUACACGGCCUGAACUCCCACCUUGACGAUGUUCUUUCCGAGAACAAGGAGCAGAUCAAGCUAAACGCCGAGCCGCUUUCACAGUUCGUGAACACGAAGCUCACGGCAAAGCUGAACCGUCAACUCGAGGAGCCGUUGAUUGUAGCAAGUAACUGCCUGCCAAGCUGGAGCGAAGAUCUCGCUCGCUUCUAUCCUUUCCUAUUCCCCUUCGAGUCGCGCCAUCUCUUUGUCCAGUCGACAUCCUUCGGGUACUCGCGUUGCAUGACGCGCUGGCAGAAUACUCAAGCCAACGACAACCGGAACGAUCGUCAUCGCGACGAGCGGCCGUUCCUUGGUAGACUGCAGCGACAGAAAGUCAGGAUAUCUCGGUCCAGGAUAUUAGAGUCUGCGAUGAAAGUCAUGCAAUUGUAUGGUCACUCACCCAGCGUCUUGGAAGUGGAGUACUUUGAAGAAGUGGGAACAGGUCUCGGCCCUACCCUUGAGUUCUACUCCACUGUCUCCCGCGAAUUCUCGAAGAAGAAGCUCAAGAUUUGGCGGGAGAACGACUCAGAGGGACAGGACGAAUAUGCUUUCGGAAAGCGAGGUCUUUUCCCGGCACCCAUGAGCGCGCAGCAGGCGACUUCAGAAGACGGCGAGAAGAAGCUCGAGAUGUUCAAGGUUCUCGGCAAGUUCGUCGCGCGGUCCAUGCUGGACUCGCGCAUCAUCGAUGUGUCGUUCAACCCAACAAUGUUCCGUCUCAGUGACAGCAGCAGCACGGUCAUCACGCCUUCGCUUGCAACCGUUAAGACCGUCGAUGAAGAUCUUGCCAAGUCGCUGAGGCUGCUGAAGAGGUUCGCGGAUGCUAAGAAGCAGAUCGAUCAGGACCAGAAUAAGACUUUCGCGCAGCGGACCGAAGCCGCGCAAAGCAUUCGUUUCCAGGAUUGCGCUGUCGAGGAUCUGGCGCUCGACUUCACGUUGCCAGGCUAUCCCGCCAUCGAGCUGAUUGAGAACGGGGCUCAUACCGCAGUCACUAUCGACAACGUCGGCCUGUAUGUCGAGAAAGUACUCGAUUUUACGUUGGGCUCUGGUGUGAAGCACCAAGUCGACGCAUUCAGCGCUGGCUUCUCAGAAGUAUUCCCCUACUCGGCGUUGCGAGCGUUCACACCGGAUGAGCUCGUUAUGCUGUUCGGCAGGAAUGACGAGGAUUGGUCACUCGAGACUCUUAUGGACUCUAUCAAGGCCGAUCAUGGCUACAAUCUGGACAGUAAGAGCGUCCGCAACUUGCUCACCACCAUGAGCCAAUACACGCCGGAAGAGCGUCGAGACUUCCUACAGUUUAUUACUGGUAGCCCGAAGCUCCCUAUUGGAGGCUUCAAGAGCCUCACACCCAUGUUCACGGUCGUCUGCAAGCCAGCGGACCCACCAUACACAUCCGACGACUACCUUCCAUCAGUCAUGACGUGCGUCAAUUACCUCAAAAUGCCGGAUUACAGCACUUUGGAUGUGCUGCGCGAGAAGCUGAAUGUUGCGGUGAAGGAGGGCCAGGGUGCCUUCCAUCUUUCAUAGACAGCUCACUGCGUGGGUUUUUCAAGGUGUAUAGGUUGCACGCUUGCUAGCAAAUUUUCUUUGGACAUUUCAGGUGCAUGGUAACGGCCUUAUGACAUCACAGAGAGGAGGGGAAUCAUGCAUUGCCGGCAGUUUGGGCGUCUUCUUCCACCAGCGAUGCCCGGUUCUUUACUUCGUAGUUUGUAGGAGAGAGGUAGAAUCGCAAGAUAUCUAUACCAUACUGUGAGUCUUUUUCC